AUGAAUCCUUUUUACUCGAAUUUCUCAGACUCUUUUCUCUCGAUUCCGGACACGAGAUCUCCGAUUUCCGACAACAGCAGUGAGUGUUCGCCGAAGCUAGCUUCGAGCUGUCCGAAGAAACGAGCGGGGAGGAAGAAGUUUCGCGAGACUCGUCAUCCGAUUUACAGAGGAGUCCGUCAGAGAAACUCCGGGAAAUGGGUUUGUGAAGUGAGGGAGCCGAAUAAGAAAUCGAGGAUCUGGUUGGGCACUUUUCCGACGGUUGAAAUGGCGGCUCGCGCUCACGACGUCGCGGCUUUGGCACUCCGUGGUCGCUCCGCUUGUCUCAAUUUCGCCGAUUCGGCGUGGCGGCUUCGUAUUCCUGAGUCUACUUGUCCAAAAGAAAUCCAGAAAGCUGCUGCUGAGGCUGCAAUGGCGUUUCAGAACGAGUCGACGACAACGACGACUGAGACGACGGUUGCGGCGGAGGGAGUGAAAACGACGGCGGCGGAGACGGCGGGGGAGGCGGUUGGGGAGACGGCGGAGCAGAGCGGUAUGUUUUAUAUGGACGAAGAGGCGGUUUUCGGGAUGCCGAGUUUUUUCGAGAAUAUGGCGGAGGGGAUGCUCUUGCCGCCGCCGGAAGUUGGCUGGAAUCAUAACGACCUCGAGGGAGACGGUGACGUGUCACUUUGGAGUUUUAGCAUUUGA